CGCACUUUGAGCUGCAGCUGGACCCUGAAGAUCAAGAGCAACGCAGCAGAGGUGACCCAGCUCCUCCUUCCACCCCCAGGCUGUGCUCUGCCCAAGUGGGAUGGAUGUGGACAUAUUUCUGCUGUAGGAUGAAUAGAGACUGACCAGAAACUCAUAUGGAGAAGUCCUUGGAGGGGAACCUGAAAUGUUCAGAUAAACUGCUCAGUGUACGUAUUCCUGGUUUACAUUUCCACCUCCGUCAGGGGGGGAAGGUCAACCAUUCUUGAUUCCAGUUGUUGUAAGCAUGGCGUCUGAUGUGCCAUGCUCGUAGGGACUUUUGAGGAACGCUGCUAGUGCCUGUCUUCAGGCAGAGGCAGGAAAGAGGAGAAGAAGCAGGUCCUGCCCGUCCGUCCUCCCCAGCUGCGUGGUGCUGCCACUCCUCUGGUGUCAGAUGGAGCGAUUGCACGGUGGGAGGAGGCGGCUGAAGGAUCUGAUCCGUCGGAAAACGGCGCUGCCAAGAACGUGACUCACCGUCCAUCUGCCUGUGGCUGCCCCUGGCAGGGCCCUUCAGUGGCAGCCUGAAGUCACUCCUCAUUACACGGCGUCUGAAAUCACCACCUAAGGAUGUGGGUUUUGGAGGGAUUUGUCCGGUUGUAGCUGUGGGCUGUAGCGGGGAGGGGUGAUCCCACCACUGCCGUGCCUCUGGCCAGAUGUGCUGAAGGGCAGUGCGUGUACCAGGUGUGAGGCCAGUAGCCCUGUGCAUUUGGUUUGUCUCCGCUCAGUGAAGUGGUCAAGAGGUCCAGGGUGGUGGACCUUCGCUUUGCGCAGAGUUUUGAGCGCUCUCUUUCUGUUUCACGUGCCUUUGGUAGGCCCUUCUGCGCUGGAGCCAUUUGUGUCUUGCCACCACCUAUGUGCCGUGAGCUGUGCCGCCUGCCAUCGACUUCUUGCUGCUCCCCGGGGGAUCCACAGCCGGCGGGGAGAUUGUCUGCCAGGAAUCUCACCGUCCUUCUGCCCUUUUGCUUUCCCCUCUGCCCUGGCAGGAGGUGUGCAGGUGCAAGAAGACGGUGCAGUGAGAGAUGUGCGCUGUGACAGCAGAAGUGUGCAAAGAGGCAUCAUCCGAGUGCCUGACAUCGCCUCUGACGGGGCAGGAGCUGCUCCUGCGUCCCUGGCCCGGCUGUGCUUCCUGCCCGCCGGGAAACAAGGACGGCAGCGCCUCGGGGACAACGCCUGAACCUCUCUCUUGGGUUUGCUGGGAGAAAGACGGACUGUUGUGCCCAGCUCUGAGCGGCAUGGGAGAGCAGUGGUGAGUCUGGGCAGUCAAGCAGAGGAGAGGCAAAGGCUGUUUUGAGCUGCUCUGAGGAGAGCUAGCUCCACUGUGGAACUGCUUCUGGACUGGGGGCUUCCUUCUGUUUCUUGAGGUCUGAGCUCUUGAAAUCUGCCGAAUCUCAUGAUCGGAUGACAGGUUGGUUCCCAGCACUGGCAUCUCUUCGUGCCCCCAAGACACACUUGCUGCCCUUAGGAGAUAUGAAAGGGUUCGCCUCUGAGAAUUGGAGAUGGAGGUAGAGUCUUUGCUUCCACUUGCGCACGUGUGGCCCCAAACUCAUGGCAUGCUGUGAACACGUGUGGGUUGCAGGGUGAUGAACCAGGGCGCUGACAGACGGCAGGCGCUGCAAGAGGCAGACCCAGGCUGAAAGCUGUCCCAGGCAAGCAAUACUGAAAGUCUCUGUGCUCUCUUACAGAAAAGGUUGUACUAGCUACUUCCACAUCCCUCUGCAGUCAGAGUGUGCUGUUGGAAGGCUGGGAUGUGCAAACUCCUGCAAAAGCAGUGCCGCAAGUCCUGUUCAGAACCACAUGUCUAUGAAACGAUCUCCUUUCGAGAAUUCCUGUAAAAGGGCUGUGAGUGUUCUUAAUCCCGAAGAAGAAAUCUAGCGAUAUCCUGCCAGGCUCAGAAAGCAGCGCACAGCCCGUGGAGGCAUCUCUGCGUCCUUCACCUCACACAGCUGCAGCAGAAGCAUUUGACAUGAGAGUGGAAAGACAGCUGACGUUCAGCACUCUGGGUCUUGUGGCGUUGGGCUGUCCUCUUUGUUUUGUCCAGUAUGGAUGUGCAGUUUCACCGAGUCUCCUUCCCUUUGGAGACAGUGACAUCCUGUACGCAUUAAACCUGGGAUUACACUUACCCCCGAAGUCCAACGUGGAGCCCAGUGCCUCAAUCCAGUUUGGCCUGAUGCAGUUGAACUGCCCACGUGCUCUUUGAUGCCUCUUUCUUCUGGCCUCCCUCGCAUCCUUUCCUCCUUAUGUUUCCUAGUUUUUCUGAUGUCCAGGAAAGGUUCCUCUGUUGGGAUCUUCAGGCCCUGCGUGGAUACCGUGCUCCGUUAACGGGCUGCUCUAAUGCUGUGGAAAAGCCAUCCAGAAGUGCCUCUGUUACAUGUCUGAUUUUUCUUUCUGUGUGGUGACUCUUGUCCAAGUUCUCAACUUCUUUCAUAGUCAAUAAAAUAAGGCUUUGAGCUCUUUCUUUGUAUGCUUUCCCCUUUCGUCCAUGAUUUUAUUUUAACGCCUUCCCCUUGCCUUACGGAGAACCUUGAUGUACCUGGGACGCAGGUUGUCAGUAACAACCCUACAUCGACUGGUGGCAUGGAGGUGUCCAGCUGCGGUGGGUAACGAUCCCUCUCCUGGCUGCCUUUGCCCCUUGCACUGAAACUGCCGAGAUGGAUUUCUGCUAAACAAAUCACGAGUUCCUGCAGUUGCAGCGGUUUGAUGCUCCUCGCUUAGAGAAAGACCGAGUCUUUGGCUGGUCCCGUGUCUGCCUGUCACAUGCUUAAAGUGCUGUUCUGGAAGCCACUUAAUUACAGGCCUAGUGAGAUGGGCCAAGCUGUCCUCUCUUCUGAUAGAGAUCUCCCGAGGGCUGCUUUAAUGGCGCUGUCAGAUGUUUCUGCAUUCCUACAUGGAGCAAUUACUUAUCCCGUGUAAUUUGCCCACUGAUUGAGGAGUUCUUCCACAAGAUAUGGUACUUGUUCCCCUUCCACAGCGCUUGGUGUUUUCUUCCUGCUUUAGUUUGGCAGCCAGGCUCAUGGUCAUCUCAGGAGGGGACCCUUCUUCCGAAAUUCUUCUAUCCAACACCUCAUUCCCUUUAACGGAGAUCUCUGCUGUUCCUGUGGUUGUUUCGUGGCAGUUUAGUCUAGUUUGCAUGUAAUUGAACAGCACGGGUGCCAGGCACUUUGCAGCAUUACUGCGUGCCGUGGGGCUUUGGGUGUUCAUAGACCAGACUGGUGGGGAGAGGAAGGAGCUGCAGCUCAGGCACUGUUUCACUAUGCUGAGUUGCCCGGGAUCCGAAAGGUUCCUAUUUUCCCCAGCUGGACUGACUUUCCAUGUGGAGAUGUGGACCUGAGAGGCAGCAGGCAUCUCUUGACGGUGCAGGUGCUGCAUCAACAGGGGCACAGAUUGUAUUUCUUGAGGCACCCAUUUCUCGCCUGACGUCUUUUCUAGCUGUUUGGGAGAUGCGAGCAGUCACUCGAGUCUCUUCUGAUGCCAGUGCUGUCGGAGCCCCCUCUGCCCUCGGAGCGCUGCAUCCCAGGUGACGGUCCGUAGGAGCUCAGAACAUCUUUAUGGGCAGAGGCACCCCUGGGCCUGGCUUUUGGAGUUGACGCCAGGGAGCCCGUGUCUUCAGCUCAGCCCUCAGACAGAGACGUGCCUUCUGUCAGGGUCCAGAUUUCAGAGGUGUCUUUGGUGGCCUCCGUAUGUUCAAAGCUUGUCAUUUCGCUGGUGGGGCCGAUUAUCUCACUGGACCUCCCAUCCCUGCCAUGGAAUUUGCAACCGCUGCACAUUUGUACGGCAGCAACGUGGGUAUGGGGGAUGGCUUUAAUUAGCUGAGUCUCGUCUGGGACCUGGAGGCCGCCAGAGCGUGGAGAAGUCCAUUGGAAACCAGCAGAGCCCCAGGAUCAGAUACGGGUGGUUGUGUUGAAGGAAAAGACCUGCAUGGAGCAGCAGAUCUUUCCUCGAGAUUGGGGGUUAGCAAGGCGGAAACAAGCCACAGCGCUGGUCUGGCACCUCCCAAACGCUUAGGAGCGAUGGCUCCUCCCUUGGCAGUUUGCUUUCUCCCCCCACCCCUUUGCCGUGUAUAUAAGGCCCCCUCGAAGCAGCCUUGGCACAACACAACCCACCCCAGCAAGGCAGACAGCGAGCUGCAGCUCCACUUCCAGCACCUCUGCUCUUGAGGAGAGUGACCCAGACGGCCUUCAGCAUGGACAGAUGCAAAGUUCAGUGCUACGACUACCCCACCUGCCCUGAUGUUGUGAAAGCUCCUAGAGAGGAGGUUGCCUACGUGACCUGUACCUACAGGUCAACAUGCAUCGACCAACCUGACUACCUGGCCACCAUCGAUCUCAACCCCAGAUCUCCAUGUUAUUGCCAGGUGAUCCACCGCCUGCCCAUGCCCAACCUCAAAGACGAGCUGCAUUCCUCGGGGUGGAGCGCUGGCUGCACCUGCUUUGACAAUGUCACAACGAAAAGGAACAAGCUGAUUCUUCCCUGUUUGAUUUCUUCGCGCAUUUACGUGGUAGAUGUGGGGUCACAGUGCCGGGCUCCCAAGCUGUGCAAGAUGAUUGAGCCAGUGGAUGUCUUCUGGAAGUGCAACAAGGGAUACCUCAACGUACCUCGUAGCCUGCCCAAUGGCGAUAUUCUGAUUGCCAACACGGGAGAUCCGUCUGGCAAUGCGAAAGGUGGCUUCAUUGUGCUGGAUGGAGAGACCUUUGAGCUGAAGGGGAACUGGGAAAACGAGUGUGAGACCCCCCCAAGUGGAUACGACUUCUGGUACCAGCCACGCUACAAUGUUCUGAUCAGCUCUGCCGGAGUAGUCCCAAAACGCGCAGGACGUGGAUUUUGUCCCAACGACUUGAAGAAAGGGGUCUAUGGGCGCCGCCUGAACGUGUGGAACUUGUCCUGCCGCUCCCUCAUCCAGUGCUUUGACCUGGGGGAGGACUCUCUGCCCCUGAGUGUGAAAUUCCUGCACAACCCCGAUGCUGCCGAGGGAUACGUCAGCUGUGCCCUGAGCGGCAUCGUCUACCGCUUCUACAAGUGCGAGAGAGACAACUGGGCAGUAGAAGAGGUGAUUCGGAUACCGGCCAAGGACGUGACGGGAUGGAUUAUGCCCAAGAUGCCAGCCUUUACCGUCGACCUCAUCAUCUCAGUGGAUGACAGGUACCUGUAUCUCUGCAACUGGUGGCACGGAGACAUCCGCCAGUACGAGCUCUCCAAGACCUGCAAGCCCCGGCUGGUGGGACAGGUGUUUGUGGGAGGCAGUAUCCUCAGAGGCGGACCCGUGACUGUGUGCCGAGACGAAGAGCUGAAGUGCCAGCCGGAGCCCUUGGUGGUCAAGUGCAAGAGAGUGUACGGCGGCCCCAGCAAACUGCAGCUCAGCCUGGAUGGCAAGAGGCUGUACGUCACCAACUCCCUCUACAGCACCUGGGACAAGCAGUUCUACCCCAACGUGGUCAGGGAAGGCUCUGUCAUGCUGCAGAUUGAUGUGGACACUGAGAGGGGAGGCCUGACGGUGAACAAGAACUUCCUGGUGGAUUUUGGAAAGGAGCCCAAUGGGCCUUGCCUUGCCCAUGACAUCCGCUUUGCUUCUGGGGAUUCCACCUCCGAUAUCUUGGCCUAGGCGCCACGUGAAAGACUCCCUUCUUCUCUCUCUCCUGUAGUGCAGCCGUUAAGAAAGAGCGUAGGGUAAUUGGGUCGGGGGGUCCCCAUUCAUUGCUGGAGUCUAGAUUUCUGCUAACAUGAGCUACGGAAGCUCUGCCUUGCUGCGAGGGUUUGGUUGGGGCAGAGCAGUGAACAGAGACACAUGGCACGUUUUCAGAGUUGUUUGCAGUGCAAAGCCAUCCCCGGGCAUGAUUCCCAGGGCAGAGCCCGGGGCGAUUGCUGAGAUGUGCAGGAUGCACAGUGCCUUUCGGCAGAAAGUGAAGUGCCCAGUUCGUCUGAGUUGUUGUUCUUCAGCCAGGUCAUUCCUGGAUGGUCUUCCCCUGGCACGAGAGCCCUCCUGGCUCCCUGGCACAUGCUUGGGUCGCUCUGCGUCACCGCUGAAGGAAUAUGAAGUGCUUUAUUUUGAAAAGAGGUGCCUGUUUCCUGACA